AUGGCCGAGAGGGUCAUGGGCAGUGAGAGUCGCCCUAUUGCUCCCGAGCAGGGGUAUUUCGUUCCCGGCGCCAAGCUGAAGCGUCGGAUCAGCUAUUAUGACGAAGUCACAGAGUAUGACCUUGACGGUGCUCAUGAGUUGGGCAAGAGGGCAAAGGUAGAGGAGGAUUGGGGAUGCAUCGUCGACCGCCAUUAUGAGCAACCCCGCAACCACAUUCGUUGGCGAUCCCCUCCUCCUCACCACCACGCACAUGGGUCACAUCCCCACCAUCAACAUCUGGUUGAGUCAUAUCACCAUCGUUCGUUGCGACAAUGGCGAGCGAGCCUAGAGUCAGACAUCGGUCGUCCAGCCUCACCGACGCCGGCCCAACGAGAUCAGAACCUUGCGUUCUUUGUUCUCCGAGAAGGAACCCCAAACCAAGACCCCUGUUCGGGCUAUCCGUCACCCAGCUCUACAUCGGCUUGUGCCAUGGAGCGAACUCAGUCUGGAGUUUCCAUAUCGUCCGACGCAUCAGAUCUACAAGACUGUCAGCCGAGUUACAGCGAUCAUGACGCCGCUGAGCUGGUCCGCGCGCAUGUUGCCUCGUAUCGCCACAACACCCAAUCCGAACGCAUCCUCAAAUCUCUUAUCAACCCCAAGGCUCGUGGCUACGAGUUCCCCUUGGAUAAUGAUGCUCUCCGAAGCAUCUUCUCUGCAGCCAAUGAGCUGUUCUUUGCCAACCGCCUCUUCCGUCGUGUAGCUUGGGACUGGAGCCACAAGUCUAGCUCUCAAUAUUCCCACCACGUUGUUGGCACCACGGCACUUAGGAGGUCGGUGGAACUGGGGGGCUAUGAGACCCUCAUCGUUCUGAGCUCACCGAUCCUCAAAGACACCAAAUAUAAUCGCCGCCUUCUCAUCUCGACCUUCCUACACGAGAUGAUCCACAGCUUCCUGUUUAUAACCUGCGGCUUGAAGGCCCGCGAGGACGGCGGACACACUCCAGGAUUCCACAAGAUUGCCCAGAUAAUCGACAACUGGGUCGGGAAGGAAUACCUCCGCCUCAGCGACAUGGAGGCGGACCUGGAGCACUUCCACGUCCGCGGCCACUGCCAGGAGCAUACGGCGCGAUGGCAGCGGCCUUGCACGAAUGAUGAAUACGUUGCGCCCCGGGCGCGGAGCCGGUUCGUCAGACACGAAGAGUGGCAGUGGCAUGACCAAGAGGGCUUCCGAACCAGCUCUACCGCCACAAGCCCUUCGCGUUGA